AUGCCGCCCGUGGACGGGGCCGCCGAGGUGCCAGAGUCAGGGCUGCCGCUGACCGACGACGCGCCACAGAGCGCGAGUGAGGAGCCGGCGGCGGCCGAAGCAGCGGGGACACCCGGCCCCUGCAGUUGCUGGGUGUGCGGCAACUCGCCUUGCGACUCGGGUGCGUCGCAGGAAGCCAAGAAGAAAGCACCCUGUCGUGGACUUGGCUUGUUUUAUACAUUAUUGUCUGCCUUCCUUUUCUCAGUGGGCUCUUUAUUUGUUAAAAAAGUGCAAGACGUCCAUGCUGUAGAAAUUAGUGCAUUCCGAUGUGUGUUCCAAAUGCUAGUCGUUAUCCCUUGCUUAAUAUACAGAAAAAACGGGUUCAUAGGCCCCAAAGGUCAACGCAUUUUCCUCUUCCUCAGAGGGGCCCUGGGCUCCACCGCCAUGAUUCUUUUGUACUACGCUUACCAGGCGACCUCCCUGGCUGACGCCACCGUCAUCACGUUUAGCGCACCAGUGUUUACGUCCAUAUUUGCUUGUAUAUUUCUCAAGGAGAAGUACAGUCCCUGGGAUGCCCUCUUCACCGCCUUCACGAUCACCGGUGUGAUCCUCAUCGUGAGGCCCCCGUUUCUGUUUGGAGCCAGCGCUGCGGGCACGGAGGAGAGCUACUCCGUUCACCUGAAGGGCACGUUCGCAGCGGUGGCACAUGCCAUCCUCGCCGCCGUGACCAUGGUCAUCAUCAGAAAGAUGGGGAAGUCUGUGGACUACUUUCAGAGCAUUUGGUAUUACGUCGUACUCGGUCUCCUUGAGUGCAUCAUCGUCCUCUUCAUCCUGGGGGAAUGGAGCCUGCCAUACUGCGGAUUGGACAGGCUUUUUCUCAUCCUCGUCGGCCUGUUUGGUUUGGGGGGUCAGGUGUUUCUCACGAAAGCCCUCCAAAUAGAAAAAGCAGGCCCAGUGGCACUAAUGAGGACAUUGGAUGUGGUCUUUGCUUUCAUUUUCCAGAUUAUUUUCUUUCAUGAUGUGCCCACGUGGUGGACAGUGGGCGGGGCCCUGUGCGUAGUAGCCAGUAGUACUGGUGCUGCCAUUCGGAAAUGGUGCCAGAGCUCCAAAUGAGGCGUGUCACAGAAGUGCAUCCUUGGUUUCCGCAUGUGCCAUCCCCCAAUGUGGACACACCAAGUACGCACACACCUGGAAAGUGUGCGUUUCCUUCACUGAUUAUAUUUAAUAAAUUUUGUAAUUAAAGUACCAUUUUUAAA